CAGGGAGGAAGACGGUACAUCGGAUCUUCGGGUCCUCGUCUUGUCGGCUCUUGCGAAUCGUCGCUGGUCGACGCUAAGUCGACGCCAAUCGACGCUGCUAACUCGACGCCUCUCGAACGCUAGCCGACGCUUCGUCGGCCUUAACACCUCGGCUCCCAGACGCCAAUCGACGCCCUAACUCGCCGCGCCGCCCGCGCCGCGGCGCCCGGCGCCAGGCGCAGAGGUCCUCUGGCUCCAGGAGCCCGCAGCAGCGGCGCCUGGAGGCGCGCAUGGCGGCGCACUCGCCCACCACAGUGGCUGGGUGCCUGGGCAUGGGCGGCGUCGUCGCGGAGGCCAAACGGCUGGCCGGCCGCGACGUCGCGCAGCAGGCGCCAGGCGGGGCGCGGCUGCCAUCGGCGGGCAUACCCGGGACGCAGACGCCGACGACGCCGACCACCGCCCACGGCGGUCGCCCCGGCAGCGUCACCUCGGAGAGGUCGGGCACGAUGUCGCCGACGUCCGCCAUGGGCGCCUCCGCGUGGGGCGCCAUGGGGCCCUCUAGCUCCGAGCUGACGAGGA